AUUUCAGUGGCAGGCUGUGAACUACGUCGAGUGAAAAAUUAUUUUUUAAGCAUUUUGAUUCCCACACCCAACUUACUAGAAGGAGGAGGAGGAGGCCUCACGACCAGUCACGGUCAAAAACAACAAAAACAUCAAUCAAGCUCAAAGGAUAGCAGCACAUUGGCAGGAGAACAACAGCCAGAUGCGCCAGAAGAUUACAAAUAUGGUCCGAGCCGCGUGAGCAUUUCUUCUAAGCCGCCAGCUGGCUCUGCACAAGAUAGCAUCACUACCCAGCACACUAAGCAGCUUGGAUACUACCCAGCACACGGCGAUGUCGUUCUCGAGGGAACGCGUGAUUUAGUAGAACCACAUCAAUCUGCAGUUUUUUCUCGAUCUACUGGAGGUAUCCAUCCGCUUUCUGGAGGUGACGUCACGAUGCGCAAGACAAUCGAUUUUAUGAGGGCUGAAUUGUAGCGGUGCUGACAAUAGGAACAGUACUUGGAAAGGCAAAGACUUCAUGUCAAUGUCAAUGUUCAUUUC